UCCACAAAAUCCUCCGCUCACUCCCUCUCCCGCCGCCGCCGCUGCUCUCCAGCAGCCCUUCCCUCUCGAGGCUUGUUAGCGCCUCGUUAUCGCCUCUCGCGUAUCUCCGCCCCCCGGACAGGGAUCGCGAUUCCGCCAGCAUGGGUGGCUUCUCUGCCGUCGCUUUGCGUGCCGCCAGGAAUUCGACGCGUCGCACGUCGCAGUUGCUUGGGCGGCAGCUAAGCGGCUACUGCAGCAGCAGUGCUGCUAUCGGCGAGCAGCAGUUUGAGCAUGUGAAGGAGUUGCGCCCAUCCCCCCAAUCAUCCGCCUCCGCCUUCCGCCACUUGCACUCCGCCCGCCCCUCCUCCGCGCCCGCCGAUGCCUCCGCGCAUUCCGCGCCCGCCGCCCCUUCGUCCUCCGCUCCGUCGUCCGCCGCCGCGUCCUCCUCUGCCUCCAGCGCGGAGUUCUGCACGGGCGUGCAGCGCAACGGCAACAUCGCGAAGCUGCAGGCGGGGUACCUCUUCCCCGAGGUGGCGCGGCGCAAGGCCGCGCACAUCGCGCGCACGCCCGCCGCCAGCGCGCGCAUGAUCAGCCUGGGGAUAGGCGACACCACGGAGCCCAUCCCCGCCGUCAUUGCGCAGGCCAUGGCGAACAGAGCAGCGGGACUGGGAACACUGGAGGGGUACACAGGAUACGCUGGCAGUCAGGGGGAAGAGGCCCUGCGCCGAGGCAUAGUGGCGGCGUUCUACGAGGGCAUGGGCGUGCCGCACGACGAUGUCUUUGUCUCCGACGGGGCUAAGUGCGACAUCGCACGCCUGCAGAUGAUGUUUGGUGCUGAUGUCAGCAUGGCAUGCCAAGACCCUUCAUAUCCGGCAUACGUGGACACGAGUGUGAUCAUGGGGCAGACAGGCUCCUACGACCCUGCCUCGCAGCACUAUGCCAACAUCAGCUACCUGCACUGCUCCCCUGAGAACGACUUCUUCCCUGACCUCGCCUCCGCCCCUCGCACCGACAUCAUCUUCUUCUGCUCGCCCAACAACCCCACCGGCAAGGCGGCGUCGCGGGCGCAGCUGGAGGAGCUGGUGGCAUUUGCGCGGCGCAACGGGUCGAUCGUGGUGUACGACAGCGCGUACGGCAUCUACAUCGAGGACGACAGCCCGCGCUCCAUCUAUGAGAUCGAGGGCGCACACGAGGUGGCCAUCGAAACGGCAUCUUUCUCCAAGUAUGCAGGCUUCACAGGGGUGCGCCUGGGGUGGACUGUGGUGCCGUCCACUCUGCGCUACGCCAACGGCCAUGCAGUGAGGGCGGACUUCAGCCGCAUUGCCAACACCGCCUUCAACGGUGCUAGCAACAUCGCUCAGGCGGGCGGCACUGCCUGUGUCUCAUCGCAGGGGCUGCAGGCCAUGCGGGGUCUCAUUGCCUUCUAUAAGGAGAACGCCAGCAUCCUGAAGACCGCAUUCUCAGAAGCUGGUCUAGAGACCUAUGGUGGAGUGAAUGCCCCUUAUGUCUGGGUGCGCUUCCCUGGCCGCUCGUCGUGGGAGGUGUUUGAGGAGAUUCUGGCUCGCACUGAUAUGGUUACAACGCCCGGGAGUGGGUUUGGACCUGGUGGAGAGAGCUUCAUUCGUAUUAGCGCUUUUGGGCAUCGAGAGAAUAUUGUGGAGGCGGCGCGGCGCAUGGUGGAGCUCUAUGGCAAGAGCUGAGGAGUAUUUAAAUCGAGAAGAGAGGGGUUUUUAGUGAGGUGGAAUUUGGUGCGGGAAGAUAGUCGAGCAAAGAGGACUUCGGAAGAGUUGUAGUAUGAAAACUCUUGUUUGCAUUCGCUGUUUCUUAUCGAUGGUUCAUUU